AUGCUAGAGGUUCUCAAUAUAGAUGCCCAACAUGCUACUAUCGCCAAGUUCAUUCAAAUUGAACUUGACGCAGAACGCGAGAAAGUGGCCUUGCUUCACCAACAAGGUUCUCAACAAGCAGAGUUGUUGAGAGAACAGGGUGCUCAACAGUUUGAACUGUUGAGACAGCAGCAGGCUGCUGCUGGUGGGUCGAUGCACUCGCGUCGACCCGAAACCUUGAAGAUUGACAUCUCCAAGUAUAGGGGAGUCGAAGAAGACUCCCUCUUGAGAUGGUUCGUCAAAUUGGAUGACGCCAUAAGGGCGCGUCGCAUCGACGACGGGGAUAUGCAAGUUGCAUUUGCCCAGUCAAAUCUGGCAGGACGUGCCAAGACUUGGGCACUGGGGCUCAAGUUGCACGACCCAUAUGCGUUUGGGUCGUUGGAAGUCUUCAAGUCGCGGCUCAGACAAACGUUUGAACCGCCUAGAGCUGAGUUCAGGGCUCGAACCGAACUCUUGAAGCUCAAACAGGGUAAGCGUGAUGUGCACGCUUACGCCCAACAUAUACGACAUCUCACGAGUUGUAUAAGUUCCAAUCCGGUGGAUGAACACACGUUGGUUUCGGUGUUCAUGCAGGGUCUUGCGGAUGGUCCCGUCAAGACUCACCUGUUCCGGCUUGAACUAGAUUCACUAGAACAAGCCAUUUCCAUUGCGGAGCAGGAAGACUUCAGUCUGAGACAGGCUCGCGCCAGCUCGACAUCAUAUCGUCAACCGAGACGAUAUGGCAACGGAGGUCCAGAGCCGAUGGAACUCUGCUUUGUAGAGAGCGAGAAGGCUCACUCUACAGACUACAAGAAGUUGCAGAGAUGCAACAGAUGUCAAAAGAAAGGACACUACGCUUACGAGUGUAGUGCCCCUCGUCCAGUGUCUCGCAACACUGGGCGUAGUGACCGUCCACCCAUGAGAAAGGGGCAGGGACGCGGGUCCGCUGUUGGUGCAAAGACGCAACCACGGGAUGGACCGUCAAAAGAAGGACAGGAUCAGUAG